GCAGCAGGAGACAUUCGCCGGAAUUCCAGAUUCCACAACAUGGUUCGGAACUCAACUGUAGCUCAGCUAUUAUGAAGCAGGCUCCUGUCGCGCUGUCGCUCUGUACGUUGCGCAAUUCCCCUGUCCCGUGCUGUCAAUCAUCGUCCCAUUCGCCAGUGGUCUUCCGCCAUCUCUCCUCUGCUCGCAUUGGUACUUGCAUUUCCGCUCCUCCUUCCGAGCCAGUGCUACUGUUCCGCACCUCCGCUGCGCACCUGCUUACCAGCAACUGAUUCUUCUCCUAGGGCAUAUUUUUGAGGCGCCUCAAAAAUAGACUCCUCACGCUGCGCACCUGCUUACCAGCAGCAGAUUCUUCUCCUAGGGCUUGCCGGGAUGGAGGCUGCCAGUCAGAGCGCGAGUAGUAUACUCGUGCACACACGGUGUUAGAAGCUCGCACGAAGCUACCGAUCGCGAAUUGCUACUCAGUAGGUCCCGGUGCAGUCCCGGACGGAGGUCUGACGACCCAAGUCUAACACCUCCGACUCGGAGUCCUCGUUCCAACGCAUUGCAUCUCGCUUUCUCAGGCGCCUCCUUAUAGUCACUCGCCUCGCCAUCGCCAUGUCUUUCGCUCUGAACCGGCCAGUACCAUAUGCAGCACCAAGCCGUCACUUCUGCACAACCCCACUGUGUGCGCGACCCAUCUCCACACCAUUUCCACCACUUAUCAGAACAGCAACACAUAGAUCAAACCACAGAACAACCCCCAGAGCACCCCAGCCCCAGCCAUGCAGGCGCAUCUCCCUCCAGCGCUCACCCCCACCCCUCUCGUCCGUUUCACCCUGCUCUGGCCACUGCCCUCCGCCUCGCCUCUUGUGCACGGAUCAUUACGCCCCAGCUCUCCCCCCAGCCUUCACCUCUCCCGUUCCUUUCAGGGGCACUGUGCAGCAGUUGCGCAGCGGCCCAGCAGGCAGAUUAGCAGCUCCUGGCAGCCGCAGGGCUCGGGAAAGGGCAGGGGCAGGGGUGCGGGUAAACUCGGCUGCUGGUGCUGCUGGUGCUGCUGUGACAGCUGCAGGGGUGGUUGCGGGAGCGGCUGCAGCAGUAGGGGCAGGUGCGGGUGCUGCUGCUGCGCUUGGGGAAGCAGCAGCAGCUGGAGGGGGAGCAUCAGCAGCAGCAGGAGCGGGAGCAGCAGGCGCAGCAGCAGCCGGGGGGGCAGCAGCGCUGGCACCGGUGGCAGUGAAAGCAGUGAGGGUGGCUAGUUGUGUGGCGCGCUGCGCUCCCAUGCUGGAGGACACUCUCCUGAAUAACGCCGCCAGAGCAGUGUAUUCCAACGUGCUCAUACCAGGCGAGGGGUCAUUUGGCUUGCUGGCGUGGCUGCCGGCCUAUGUGACCACAGCUGUACAGCGCUCAGAGACGCUGGUGGUGAUUGCUCUGCGGGAGUCCAUCGUUAUUCUCACCCUCGUCGCCCUCUUUGCGGUCACGCCCCACAUCUGCCGAGCACUCAACUGGCUGUGGGGUUCCGUUGUCAUGCGGGACAAUGGUGUUACAGAGGAAGACUUUCAGGACUCCGUGUUUGGCGCUCUCGUGCUUCCCCUGCAGUUCGUUGCCGCAGCAUUCUUCCUCACCAGACACAUGCGACUUCUUCUCCCCCUGGCAAAGCUCCACCUGAGCCCAUAUCUUCUCCGGAGGUUCAGGCUGGUGUCAGUGGUGGUGGCAGUGACAUGCUUCGCUGUGGGGUGGAAAGACCGGGUGAUGCGGAUGGUGUUUGAGAGGCACCCAGAGGAGAAGCCCAUCCUGCUCAACGUCAGCCGCUUCCUCUCGCUACUCAUCCACCUCGUGGGUGUGGGCACGGUGCUUGAUCUCUUUGGCGUCUCCCUGCUCUCCCUUGUGGCUGUGGGCGGCAUCUCAGGUGUUGCGAUGGGAUUCGCAUCUAAAGAAAUAGUAACAAACUUCUUUGGCGGUUUGGUCCUCUUCAUCUCGCAGCCAUUCGUGGUGGGGGAGAGGAUCCAGGCAGGCGCCAUAUCCGGGCAGGUGGUUGAGAUUGGCUUUCUGCACACCAAGCUGGCUGGAGCAGACAAGGCGCCUGUAGUGGUGCCAAAUCAGAUCUUCAACACAGCAGUGAUCACUAAUUUCUCCCGGGCCAAGUGCUACCCCCUUAAAGCCACGUUUGAGCUUCGGAUUGAGGAUAUUGUGCGGGUGCGCACUAUCACCACUCGCAUCACCGACAUGCUGAGGUCACACGCUGACGUGGACCAAUCACAAGGCCCAGCACACGCAGUGCUGAAAGAUCUUUGUGGGGCCUCCCUUCAUGUGGGCAUGUUGGCUUCACUGAAUCCUCAGCAGGAUGGUCGAAAUGUGCUGGAGGUGAAACAAGAGAUUCUUGAAAGAGCGGUGGGGAUAGUCCUAGACGAAGGCGGUUUCAUAGGAGCUAACAUGCCGUUUCUGGCUGUAGACCUAGAUUCGUUGCGCUUAGCAAGUACAGAAGGCAACGGAGCCUCCAGCUAACAAGGGGAUUGCAUAACAACAUGUUUAUAUAUGAAAUUAUGGAUGGUUACUAGA